CUCCCAUUGCUGGACGAAAAAUCAAGGCUCUUCCCCUGUUGCGGGGGGGCACGGAAAGUGUGGCUGGGGUUUCAACCAUCCAGCCUCCCAAUGCUCCCUCGCCAACCUCGCCGUUUAUCCUCCAACACGAGGUUGCGAAAGCGGCACGCCACAUGACCACAGACCAAGGUAUCAGCUCACACGUAGGUGAAUGCUAUUGAGAUGGCUGGAAGGGGCCUUUUUAACAUGCAGCUACCCAUGAUUACCUCCCAUGUCACAACCAUCUCACCCGGCUUUGCUCUCAUCCUCUCAGCUCGUACCAGCAUAGACGGACUCAAUUACCAUUCUUAAGCUCCUACCACACACAUUGUUUGCACUUUUACCAUCCUCUACCUCUCCAUACUCGCAGCUAUUCCUUUGAACCAACCUUACUACUAAAUCCCUACCUCUCGCCGGAGCUUCUCCAGGGCCUCCUUUAUCCACCACCUUCGCAUUCGAUAUGUGGACUACUACGAGAGCAGUCUCCGCUCUCGCUUCCGUAGCACUUCUCGUCGCACCCUCACUAGCACAAACAUACACCACCUGCAAUCCUCUAUCAAGAUCCGACUGCCCACCCGACUCCGCACUUGGCCGAACCGUCAAUAUCGACUUCUCAUCCGCCUCCGACAGCUUCACCCCGCAGGGCAACCCGACCUACGACUCGAAUGGCGUCUCGUUCACCAUCUCCAAGUCCGGCGACUCCCCACAGCUGACGUCGAAGUGGUAUAUCAUGUUUGGCAAGGUUGAGGUUAUGCUCAAAGCAGCACCCGGAAAGGGUAUUGUCAGCAGUUUUGUCCUGAUCUCCGACGAUCUUGACGAGAUCGACUGGGAAUGGCUGGGAGCCGACUCGGCUCAGGUGCAGACCAACUAUUUCGGCAAGGGACAGACUACAACCUACAAUCGUGGUGCUUUCCACCCAGACGCAGGGAGCCAGUCUGGAUUCAAGAAAUACACUAUUGAAUGGACGGCGAACCAGAUCAUCUGGCAGAUCGAUGGCGUUACCGUCAGGACUCUGCAACCAGCCAAUUCAGAUAACCAAUAUCCUCAGACUCCCAUGAUGGUCAAGUUCGGCGCCUGGAGCGGUGGUGAUUCAGCCAAUGCCCCUGGCACCAUCCAGUGGGCUCAGGGUCCAACCGACUACUCCAAGGGCCCGUUUACCAUGCAAGUCAAAUCCCUGAUGGUUUCCGAUUAUUCUACUGGUACCCAGUAUGUCUAUGGCGACCAGACCGGUACUUGGCAAUCCAUCAAGUCUGUUGGUGGAAAGAUCAAUUCUGGCGGCAGCCCUGUCCAAAGCGUCUCUCCAUCAAUCACUUCAUCCGGGCCCCUUCCCUUCACCCCGAAGGAGACCUCUACCUACGUCAAGCCCAGUGUUUACCCCUGGGUACCUGAGGCUUCCACUCUGUCGACCGCGGCCGCGACCGUGACUUACUCCAACUAUCCCGGGCUACCAAGCGGGUGGACUGUUUCGAGUUCAGGAAAAGUCGUCCCGCCCAGCUCGGCACCUUCGACAUCCCUUCCCGCUUCCUCUACACCAUCUUCUGCAGCCUCGCCAUCGGCUUCAUCUGGCGGAUCUGAGGUAAUAAUGACUACUGCCUAUGACCAGCAGGGCUUCACGACGGUCUAUGCGAUUCCGGCUGGUAUCACAACCAUGCCGAAAUCGUACGACUCUCGCGGCUUUCUUGUCACGCAAGCAACCGCUACUCCCAGUUCAAGUGCUAACGUUUUGGAGAAUAACCAAAUCCAAUCCUCCUCCGUUGCUCCUGUUCCGUCUGCCUCGAGCGCGCACUCCUUCAUAGUUAACGCGGGCCUUGUUUUAUUAGCGGCAUUAUUCGGCGUCUUCUUUACCCUGUAAAACGAUACGAUAGACCUGCAUUUUCGAUUCGAUAUCGAUUUUCAACAUUGUUUUUUUUGGCAUGGCAGGGGCGUUAGGCUUGGAUACUGUGGGUUCUCUUUUCGGGCGGGCAAAACCCUCUUCGGAGCACAUGCUUCGAGGUAAUGAUCACACGUUUAUAAUGGAAAUGAUAGAUGAGAUGUGGCUCCUGUAGAUAGCUUGGCAGAGAUAAUGUGGCUGGAUGAGUGCAUCGAUAGCAAACGAAGAAUAUUAAUCAAAG